UUCCUGCCUGGAGCCCAGCUCAGACUGGCAGCAGCAAGCAGACACUGAUCAUUUCAUAGAAACUUCUAGUGUCUUGUGUUCAUGAUCAGCAGUUGCUCCAGGACUGUGGUGUUUAUCAGAGCCGCUGAACUUUGUCAUGUCUCUGUGGCGCACACAGCGGAGGUGCACGGCUGGACUCUGCUGCCUCCUGCUCGCUCUCUGCUCCUGGAGCUCAGCGUUUAACCUGGACACAACAACAAUCCUCAUCAAGGAGGGUGAGGAGGGAAGCUUCUUCGGCUUCUCUUUGGCUUUACACCAGCAGCUCACACCUGAACCUCACAGCUGGAUAUUGGUUGGGGCUCCUCAGUCCCGCGGCACAGGAACUUUGUGGAGCAGCCGUCCCGGUGCACUGUAUCGCUGUCCGGUUACCCCGGAGAAGUGUGAACGAGUGGACAUCGAUGGACAUGUGAAUCUGGAACGAGAGAGCAAAGACAACCAGUGGUUGGGUGUCACAGUCAAAAGUCAAGGAAUUGGUGGAAAAGUAGUGACAUGCGCUCACCUCUAUGAGCUCAGACAACACGUCAACCAAACCUUUGAGACCCGUGACCCGAUCGGACGCUGUUAUGUGCUGAGUGAAGAUUUGACCGAGAGAGAUGAUCUGGAUGGAGGAGAGUGGAAGUUUUGUGAAGGUCGUUCUCAAGGACAUGAGCAGUUUGGAUUCUGCCAGCAGGGCCUGUCAGCUAGUUUCACACCUGACAAAAACUACAUCCUCUUUGGGGCUCCGGGGACCUACAACUGGAAAGGGCUGUUAUUUAUGGCCAAUCCCGUUGAGGAUGCUCUGGUCUACAAAACACAGGAACCGUCCAAAAGCUCAUUUGAGGACGUCGCUCAGAACAGUUACCUGGGUUUCUCUGUGGAUUCAGCCAGAGGUAUUAUGAGUAAGUCUGAGCUGACGUUUGUUGCUGGAGCUCCUCGAGCCAAACACACAGGAGCCGUGGUUCUGCUACGGAAGGACAAUGUCUACCGGCUGAUGCCUGAUCACAUUCUGUGGGGUGAGGAACUGGCCUCCUCCUUCGGUUAUUCUGUGGCCGUAGCUGAUCUGAACAGUGAUGGUUGGACAGAUCUUGUAGUGGGAGCUCCGAAUUUCUUUGACCGAAAGGCAGAGAUUGGAGGUGCUGUGUAUGUGUACCUGAACCCAGCCAGCCACUGGGAAAAGGCACGACCGAUCCGGCUCAAUGGAACAUACGACUCUAUGUUUGGGAUGACUGUCAGUAGUGCUGGAGAUCUGGACCAGGAUGGUUAUGAAGUACAGAAGAUAUUGGUUGGGGCUCCUCAGUCCCGCGGCACAGGAACUUUGUGGAGCAGCCGUCCCGGUGCACUGUAUCGCUGUCCGGUUACCCCGGAGAAGUGUGAACGAGUGGACAUCGAUGGACAUGUGAAUCUGGAACGAGAGAGCAAAGACAACCAGUGGUUGGGUGUCACAGUCAAAAGUCAAGGAAUCGGUGGAAAAGUAGUGACAUGCGCUCACCUCUAUGAGCUCAGACAACACGUCAACCAAACCUUUGAGACCCGUGACCCGAUCGGACGCUGUUAUGUGCUGAGUGAAGAUUUGACCGAGAGAGAUGAUCUGGAUGGAGGAGAGUGGAAGUUUUGUGAAGGUCGUUCUCAAGGACAUGAGCAGUUUGGAUUCUGCCAGCAGGGCCUGUCAGCUAGUUUCACACCUGACAAAAACUACAUCCUCUUUGGGGCUCCGGGGACCUACAACUGGAAAGGGCUGUUAUUUAUGGCCAAUCCCGUUGAGGAUGCUCUGGUCUACAAAACACAGGAACCGUCCAAAAGCUCAUUUGAGGACGUCGCUCAGAACAGUUACCUGGGUUUCUCUGUGGAUUCAGCCAGAGGUAUUAUGAGUAAGUCUGAGCUGACGUUUGUUGCUGGAGCUCCUCGAGCCAAACACACAGGAGCCGUGGUUCUGCUACGGAAGGACAAUGUCUACCGGCUGAUGCCUGAUCACAUUCUGUGGGGUGAGGAACUGGCCUCCUCCUUCGGUUAUUCUGUGGCCGUAGCUGAUCUGAACAGUGAUGGUUGGACAGAUCUUGUAGUGGGAGCUCCGAAUUUCUUUGACCGAAAGGCAGAGAUUGGAGGUGCUGUGUAUGUGUACCUGAACCCAGCCAGCCACUGGGAAAAGGCACGACCGAUCCGGCUCAAUGGAACAUACGACUCUAUGUUUGGGAUGACUGUCAGUAGUGCUGGAGAUCUGGACCAGGAUGGUUAUGAAGUACAGAAGUGA